ACUUUUUCCGGGUCCCAUGAGUCAGCUGGGGGCCGGCAUCCUCUCUCACCGGGGCCCCGGGGCUGUCUGCUGCGUGAGUUCCGUGAGUUCCGCUGGAACAUGGAGCGCUCCCGCGUCCUGGCUGGCCUGCUACUGGCUGUUCUCUCCCGGGUGAGUCCCUACAAGGUGUCCGUGGAGGAACUUGAAGACAAGGUGUUACUGAAUUGUAACACCAGCGUGGUGUGGUUGGAGGGAACCACAGGGACACUACUUCGAAACGGUACAAAUCUGGACUUGGGAAAACGCAUCCUGGACCCACGAGGCGUGUAUAUGUGCAAGAGGCCAGAAGAGAAAGAGGACACACCUGUCAUGCAAAUAUAUUUUCGAAUGUGUCAGAACUGUGUGGAGAUGGACGCAGGUACCCUGGCUGGCCUCAUCAUCGCGGACAUAAUCGCCACUCUUCUCCUCGCUGUCGGGGUCUAUUGCUUUGCAGGACAUGAGACUGGAAGGCUCUCCAAGGCUGCCGACGCUCAAACUCUCCUGGGAAAUGACCAGCUCUACCAGCCCCUUCGAGAUCGGAGCGAUGCCCAGUACAGUCAUCUUGGUGAAAACUGGCCUCGGAAGAAGUGAACCGGAGGCUGGUGGCUUCUAGGAGCGUCGGCGCGUGACUGCCUUCUUCUCUCGCUCAGCAGGUGCCUGGACUUUCCAAGGUCGGGAAAGGCACGGUGUCGUCCUGGCUCAGCGGGGCCCUUGCCCUCCUGGCCACCUGUGUCCUUCCUUCACUGUUUCUGUUCCUCUGCCCCCGAUGGACAGCGGGACAGGCAGCCUCCCACCCCCUCUGGCCCACUGGUGUUUGCGGUGCGCUGGGCUCCCUGGGCGCAGGGCCCGCGCCGCCACACCGCCUCAGCUGCCUGUGGCCUCCGGCCCCUGUGACAGCCCCUUCAGGGCUUUGGCUUCCCCCCCCCCCCCCCGACAGCUGAGAGCGGGCUGCUAUGUGUAGAGACCCAGCCACACGGAAGUUUCCGUGACAUCGUAAGCAGAGGAGGUGGAAACAUCAAAGGCUCAGGAGGCCACUUCUUAUCAAGACGUGGAGAGCGUGUGUGACAAAGUCCCACUUCUGCCGAGGGGCUGGCCUGACUUUAGGACCCCGUGCAGGGGUAGCUCCGGCCAGGAGGAGGUUGCAACGUAGGUCCGUUCAAGACCCUUUCUCUCCUUCUGUAUAGAAGGUACCGCUCACCUUCCUCUUCUCGGAACCUGUCCCCCUCCUGCCCCACCCCCGCUUCUGGAUCAUCAACUAACAUCAGAAACUCACCAGCGAUCCACAUGCAUUACUCCUCUCCCCACCCCCCGCAGAGCUGGGAUUUGGGAGUGGACAGGGCCCUGGGAUGUUUUCUAUAGACGUCAUCUUCAGCUAGCUGUUAGUGGUGGUCCUGAAACCUUGGGAGCCUGAGAGAUUGAUUAAAAAUGUAGACCCUCGGGGCCCCCCAGGAAUGCGGCCCCCAGCUGAUUCUGAAGCGCCCUCCAGUGCAGAGUCUCUGGCGUAGAGGGAGAGUUGGGGCCACUGACUCUUCUGCGUCCUUUGUGCUCAUUCCUGUCCACCGUGGGGCAGGCCCCCCUUUUGUUCUCUGAGUUUGAGUAACUGGAGGAACUUCGGGACAGUUUAGUAAGCGUGGGCCUUUCCCCGGCCAGGACACAGCCGGAGACGUGUGGGAUUCUGCCCACUGUCUUCUCGGGCUCUACACAGAUGUUAAUUCUGUUGGAGACAACAUGAGCUCAUAAUUUACACCUUCACGGUCACGGUCCGUUUCCACCCCUCACUACUACGAGGCCCUCUGACACCUGCCUCCCGCCUUCCCGUUGGGUCUGCUCCGCUGGGGGCAACCUUCCCGUGGCUUCGAGGGCACCAGGCCGCCCCUCCCACGCCCUGCACACUUCUCUCUGCCUGGUUUGGCUCGCACGCUUUGGUACCCCCUGGGCCUCUGUCCAGUCCUCUACACUGAACGAGCCUGGGAGCCCUCUGCACCGUGGCCCCUCCAGAGAUGCUGAGUACCGGGCGUUCAGGCAUCAGGACCUGAAAAACGGCUUCCGGUGACCUCAGCGUGAAGCCCAGGUUGAGAAGUCUGUCCUCCACCUGAACCUUCUGGAACCUUGGGUCCCUUUGGUUCUCUUUUUUUGUGCUUUUUUUUUCUUUUCUUUUUUUUUCUUUCAUUAAUUUUU